AUGAACAGUUUGACUCAGCGAGCUAAGGAUCACGAAGUCGAUCCGCCAGCCACUCCCCCAGAGACCGAGAUGAGCAACUCAACCCCAAACACGGAGUUCUCUCCUCCAUACAGCCCCCAACAAAAGGUGCAGCAGAUAAUGAAGGACACCAGGGUGGCAGCGAGGAAGAAAUUGGAGCAGCUCACGCUUGAAGAGAAGGUAUCUCUACUUACAGCCGCAGACUUUUGGAGAACGAAGACAAUCCCAUCCAGGAAUAUCCCAGCGAUCAAGACAUCAGAUGGUCCCAAUGGUGCUCGCGGGGGGAUAUUUGUCGGGGGAACCAAGGCUGCACUAUUCCCUUGCGGCGUAUCUCUCGCAGCGACUUGGAAUAAGGAACUGCUCUACGAAGUCGGACAGCAUCUGGCAGAUGAGGCCAAGGCUAGGUCUGCCAACGUUCUCUUGGCGCCGACCGUCUGCAUGCAUCGCCAUCCUCUCGGUGGACGCAACUUCGAGUCCUUUUCUGAGGACCCCCUUCUGACCGGGAAGCUGGCCGCUCAGUAUAUCCUUGGCCUACAGGAAAAAGGAGUUGCAGCAACCAUAAAGCAUUUCGUGGGCAAUGAGCAGGAGACCCAUAGAUUGACAAUAGAUUCCCUCAUCCAGGAGCGUCCGCUUCGCGAGAUCUACCUUCGACCAUUUGAAAUCGCUGUUCGAGAGGCGAAUCCAUGGGCUCUGAUGUCUUCGUACAACCUUAUCAACGGUGUGCAUGCGGAUAUGAACAACUUCACGCUUCGGGACAUUCUUCGAGGCGAGUGGGGUUACGAUGGAACUGUUGUUUCCGACUGGGGCGGUACCAACUCUACAUCCGAGUCAAUCAUUGCGGGAUGCGAUAUUGAAUUUCCCUACUCUUCCAAGUGGCGUUUCGAUAAAGUCAUUGAAGAGAUGAAGAACGGCAAGAUUGCCAAAGAGGACAUUGACCGUGCCGCUGAGAACGUUCUCACUUUGGUCGAACGUCUAAAGGGCGACGAUAUGUCUGCAGAGGAAGCGGAGAAAGAGGACAAUCGAGAAUCGACAAGAAAUCUCAUUCGUACCGCAGGAGCAGAGGGGCUUACCCUCCUGAAGAAUGAUGGUGCCAUCCUUCCUCUGAACCCAAAAACAACAAAGGUCGCUGUGAUAGGGCCAAAUGCGAAUCGAGCAAUUGCAGGAGGUGGAGGCAGUGCCAGUCUCAACCCAUACUACAGAACCAUUCCUCUGGAGAGCAUUCGGGCUGCAUCAGAGCAGGAAGUCACCUUUGCGCAAGGAUGCCAUAUCUACAAGUGGCUUCCGGUCGCGUCGCCAUACUGUACCGAGAAGUCGGGCAAGCCAGGCGUUGGUAUUGAUUGGUACGCCGGUGAUAAGUUUGAGGGAGAACCCAUCGUCAUCCAGAGACGCACCAACACAGAUCUAUUCCUCUGGGACUCUGCCCCGCUCAGCGAAAUUGGUCCUGAAUGGUCAGCCGUCGCUACCACCUAUUUAACAUCAAAGACAACCGGAAAGCAUACUGUCAGCUUCAUGAGUGUUGGGCCUGGAAAGCUGUAUGUCAACGGAAAGCUUGCCUUGGAUCUAUGGGAUUGGACCGAAGAGGGGGAGGCCAUGUUUGACGGCUCAGUGGACUAUCUGGUUGACGUCGACAUGGAGGCUGGGAAGCCGGUUGAGCUCAAGGUCGAGAUGACCAACGAACUCCGGCCCAUCGCCAAGCAGAAGCAAUUCGGCAUCACCCACAAGUACGGAGGCUGCCGAAUCGGUUUCAAGGAAGAGGACCAGGUCGACUUCCUCCAAGAGGCAGUAGAUACCGCUAAGGCAGCAGACGUGGCUGUUGUCAUCGUCGGGCUCGACGCGGAAUGGGAAUCUGAGGGAUACGACAGACAAACAAUGGACCUUCCGUCUGACGGAAGCCAGGACAGGCUCAUUGAAGCAGUUGUCAAGGCAAACCCCCGCACUGUCGUUAUCAACCAAUCCGGCACACCAGUCGCUAUGCCGUGGGUUGACCAAGUGCCCACCAUCAUCCAAGGUUGGUAUCAGGGACAGGAGGCCGGAAACGCCCUUGCCGAUGUACUCUUUGGAUUCAAGAAUCCCAGUGGGAAGCUCCCGUCUACAUUCCCCAAGCGCAUUCAAGACACCCCUGCUUACAAUAAUUGGCCCGGGGAGAACCUGAAGGUCAACUAUGGUGAAGGCCUGUACAUUGGCUACCGCCAUUAUGAGCGAGCACGCAUCGAGCCUCUAUUUCCAUUUGGUCAUGGCCUUUCCUAUACCACCUUCGAGUACGGACGCCCCUCGAUCAGCACCAAGACGCUUACGUCCCGGGGAACGAUUGAGGUGGUCUUCGCGGUGAGCAAUAUCGGCUUAGUGUCUGGCUCCGAAGCCGUGCAGAUUUAUGUGCGUGAUGACAAGUCGAGGCUACCCCGUCCGGAAAAGGAGCUUGUGGCCUUCGAGAAGGUGUACCUGGAAGCCGGGGAGACGAAGCACCUCCACAUUUACCUGGACAAGUACGCCGUAGGCUAUUAUGACACAUCCGUCCCGGGAUGGAUCGCUGAGGAGGGCACCUUCAAAGUCCUAGUUGGCGCGUCAUCUGCUGACAUCAAACACUCUGUCCAAUUUGAUGUGAAAGAAUCCUUCAGCUGGGUUUUCUAG